AAUUAUUUCCGACGUGAAACUAAACGGCCCGAUCCCCGACUCCAUCAGCAACCUCCAAAGCCUUGCCUCAUUGUAUUUAUGGAACACUAGCCUGACUGGCCCGAUACCAACCACUAUUGGCAACCUUCCAAAGCUGACCGACUUGGAACUUUGUUACAACAGCUUAUCUGGCACCAUCCCUGCAUCCAUCGGCAAUCUCAUAAGCCUCGAUUACCUGUGGUUGCUUGAAAACAAUCUGACGGGCUCCAUACCAGCAACGUUAUCCAACCUUGUGCUUUUGACCAACUUAAACCUUGGCUACAACGACUUGACAGGCACCAUUCCUGGAUUUCUUGGAAACCUCCCAAAGCUUUCCCGCUUAUACCUACAUAUGAACAACCUGACUGGCUCGAUACCAGCCUCACUAGGCAAACUUUCAAAUCUUGUAGAUCUCGUCCAUCUCCCCAACAACAGCGCCCAACACAACGGGCCCAUCCUCCUCCUCUUUCAGCACCCCCAUCGCACCCGAAGCGCCUCCCUCCCAGUCGGGAGGCGGUCUCUCUGUGGGAGCCAUUGCCGGCAUUGCUGUGGCUGCUGUGAUGCUUCUGAUCAUUGGCGUGCUGCUGCUGUGGUGGUGGAGGGGCCGGGCUCGCAGCAUGUCGGGUGCUCACUGCGCAGAGUCCAGCAAAUGGCCGACAAGAACCAUCCCAACAUCGUGCGGCUGCUUGGUUUUGCUAUUGGAGGAGACAUGAGGACACGGCCAGAGCAGAUCUUGAUCUACGACUUCGGUGUUCUCAUGCUUGUGGUGCUUACCGGCCGUAGCCCCCAUACUGGUGAUGGUGAAAGGAAUGGGCACAUUCUGCGAUGGGCCGAGGAUUGCAUUUCCUCCAAAAAAACUGACCUUCUCAAGGACGUGAGCAUGGACGCCCCGGAUGAUGCUGUGCUGCGCCUGGCCCAGCUGGCUCUCCGCUGCACUGUGCAGUGCACUGCAAGCCGGCCCAGCAUGGCAGACGUUGCCAACGAUCUGCAGGGAAUCAGGCACGAGGUGGUGGGGAAGGAGGAGCUCAGCGCAGCGGUCAGGGUGGACGCGCAAGCAGAGGGAAUGCGUAGUGGGACGUCGUACCCCAAUAACUUGGCUGCAAUGUUGCAAGCUAUUAAGGGCAUGGAGGAAGACAAAUGA